AGAUGGGCUCAAAACCUAGCACACGACGGCAUGAGACCCUCAACACAAUCAAGCGCACACAGCCAAAUACUCAAUCAACAAGGAAUGUGAAGUCUGAAAACACUUUUUCUCCUCAUGAAGUUCCAGAAAAUUCAGACAAGUCAGAUGUAAAGAGACAGGAUUCCGUUUCCUGUCGAGAUCUCAUGAUCAGCUACAGUCACCAGGAUAAAGAAAUGAUGGCUAAACUAAAAGAGAACCUGGAGAUAAAUGGAAUCAGCGUAUGGGUAGAUGUGGUAGGACUUGGUGCAGGAGUAGAUUUUCUCAGUAAAAUUGGUCAAGCCAUUCUUGAUGCAAAGCUGUUUGUCUCGUUGCUGAGUACCUCCACAGUGAAAUCAAAGUACUGCCAGGAUGAGGUGGCCUUAGCUUACAUAUCAAAGAAAGCCAUGUUUCCAGUGGCUAUACAACCCAAGGAAGAAAUAUAUGCCAUUAUGGACACUGGAAUGAAACUACAAUUAGCCAGUUUAGAAUGGACUACACUUGAUCCUGAUAAUUUUGAUGAGGGGUUCCAGGAAUUGUUGCCAAAAUUAAAAGCAGAACUUGAAGAUCAAGAAAAGGAAGUAAAACUUGGUCACAAGGUAACAGAAAGAUUAAAGGAGAGGCAGAAAAAAUUUCAGAGGCAGAAAUCAAUUUAUAUUGAUCCCCAUUUGUCAGAACACCCAACGGUGUACUGGAAAAAAAUCUACAAAGACCAGGAGAGCGUGGAACUGGACCAAUUUGCUGAAGACUUUCAGAAAUAUUACAAGGAUGAUUUAAACAAAAUCUAUCCUUCAGAAGAUCAGACAUGGUUAAUCAACAACUUAAAAGAGGAAGUCUCCAUGUCAGUGCAGGAUUCAGAUACAGCGGAAAUCAUUACUCCAGAAAGUCUCACUGACUUUUGUACAGUGGAUGGGGAAGAACAGGCACUCUGGCAGAGGGUGACAUCUUAUGCUCAGGAUAUGUACGCCAUGAAAGAUGUGUUUGCCAUGGAUUCCUCUGUCAGAGUAGAUGCUAUAGAAAACCUUGGAAAAUACCAAAGUGCCUCAGUGAUAGAAUCUCUGAGAGAUUUACUCCGAAAUCAAGACUCGAACAUCAGGGCAGUAGCAGCCGUGUCUCUGGCCAAGACAGGAAACCAGGACAAGUCCACCAUUAAUGCUCUCCUCAAGUGUCUGAGAGACAAAGAUCGACUAGUCAGGGAGGCCGGAUGUUUGGCACUCGGACAUAUGAAGGCAAAGAUGGCUGUGCCAAAACUUCUGCACUUGUGGAGAAAUGAUUUUAUUUCCCAUGUAAGAGAGGCAGCACAGGCAGCACUUCUCCAGAUAGGAGGAGAGAAGGUGGACAAAGCCAUGCAUAUCACAAAGGUCCUGGCGGAGGAAAUCCGUCUGCUCACCGAGGAAAACUGAUGGCAGCUGCCAAGUACACAGGGA